AUGCAGGAAGUCAAUCAGAUGCUGUCAUCUACCAGUGUAGAUGACAAAGGGGGAAACCAAUUCAAGAAGCGGGACGCCCUAAUCGAAUUGGAGGCCAAAGCUCAGAAGAAAUGGGACACUUUAAAGGUAUUUGAAUCGGACGCGCCUGAGGCAGGCACACAGGAAUUCGAGGAUAAAAACAAGUACAUGUGCACAUUCCCCUAUCCGUACAUGAACGGACGAUUGCAUCUCGGACAUUCGUUCUCGCUAUCGAAAUGCGAGUUUAGUGUGGGAUUCGAGCGUCUAAAGGGAAAGAACGCUCUGUUCCCCUUCGGAUUCCAUUGUACUGGUAUGCCCAUCAAAGCGUGUGCUGAUAAGCUCGCUCGCGAGAUGGAGUUGUACGGAUGUCCACCGCAGUUUCCCACUGAAGAAUCGUCCAAUUCUGGCGUCGAGAAGAAGUCCAAGAUCGCUGCCAAAGAAGGUAAAUAUGAAUUGUAG